AUGUCCAAGAAGUCCCCGGGAGACUUCAUCAAACAGGUGCUGGGCCGCCCCGUCAUCGUGAAGCUGAACAACGGCGCAGACUACCGCGGAAUCCUGGCCUGCCUUGACGGCUGCGCGGCGUCACUCCUAGGCUACAUGAAUCUCGCAAUGGAGCAGACCGAGGAGUAUGUGGAUGGCCAGCUCAAGCACAAGUACGGCGACACCUUCAUCCGCGGAAACAACGUUUUGUACAUCAGCGCGCAGCCGAGGUCCGAAGACGAGCAGAGAGGGGCUGUGGCGCAGCAUAUGAAAAGGAUGUGGCAAGCCAUGCGAGCACGCUUGUUGAAACAGGCGGGCUGGCACACCGUGCCGUUUGCUGCUACUGAUUACCACUGUGGCUGCCGUGCCAGUGCCAACCCUCUGACGCCGCUGUCGGCUGAGCUGGGCAGCUCCAAAGGCAGCCUCGGCUCCGAGUCGGUUCGGAGCAUGUGGCAGAAGUCGCAGAAGCCUCCGCGCUCAAAGAGCAAGCCCCCGUGGUUGCAGAAGUCGAUCGCCGGAGGGCGCCCGUUUGAUCCAUCCGGGUUGUGCCGCGACCAGCUCAUGCAGGAGGCCAUAUCGAAUCGUCGAAAGCUCAAGGCGAACGAGUCGGACGUGCUUUUCAAGAAGGCAAACGCCGCUCGGGCACUGGCCCUAGAUCGCCAGCGGGCUGAAGAGAAACGGAAGGAGCAGAAGGACCUGGUGUCUUCGAGCUUCAGUAGCUAA